UUGUGAGCGUGGUGUCUGUCAUAGCGCUUACUUUCGGGGAAGGUGCAUGUCCCCUGUGUCCGCUUCGAUCGCCCGACCAGGAAUGCACUCCGCGAUUCAGUAACGUUGGCUCAUAAAUAGGAAGGUGUAUCGAAGACAAACCAAAUAUUUGCUAGAUUUGGAAUCUUUGUAUCGUCACUGUCGAGUUUGCUUCAUUAUUUGUCGGUGUAGCUAACUAAAACAGAUCGUAGAAGACAAGUGAUUGUUGAAUUCACCCGGUAAGGGGAGGAGAGGGGCGGCAAGCGGGGAGACGGGAGUGAACGAAGGAGGGAUAGUGAGUCUCGAGCGGUCGAUGAGUUCGGAGCAGGACAGAGAUCCGCAGAAGCAGGAGGAGGCUGAGCCGGGACCGGACACCAAAGGAGAGGGGGACAGAAAACCCGAGACCGGCGGAGACCAAGGCGGCAUGGUCACCUCAAAGGGAGCAGGCUUGAACCCCAAUGCUAAGGUGUGGCAGGAGGUCCCUGCAGCCCCCAGCGAGGCACCUGUCGAUGGCAGUGAGGGCUCUCAUUGGCCCCAGACAGUGCCCUCCCCGGAUGACAUCACCGAAGGAUACCCCGACUGCUCCGCCCCUGGUUGUAAGCCCCUCCCCUUGGAGUUCUCCUGCCUUGCGGAUGGCAGCCCCCAGGUGCCUGCGGAGAACGCCGUUAACGGCAUGGACCCUGUACCGGACCUUGGGUACAUCCCAUCUCACCUCACGCCUGGGACAGCAGAAGGCCAGUUAGCAGAGGAGCAGCCCAUCUCAGUGGAGGCCCUGCGUGAAUCCCUAAAGAAACAACUGGAGUCGUGCUUCUCUAGGGAGAACCUGUCCAAGGACCUUUACCUGAUCUCUCAGAUGGACAGUGACCAGUUCAUCCCCAUCUGGACCAUUGCCAGCAUGGAGGGCAUCAAGAGCCUGACCACAGACAUGAGCCUCAUCUUGGAUGUGCUCAGAUCCUCGCCCAUGGUCCAGGUGGAUGAGAAGGGUGAGAAGGUCCGUCCCAAUCACAAGCGCUGCAUCAUCAUCCUGAGGGAGGUGCCUGAGGCCACACCCGUGGAGGAAGUAGAGUCUCUCUUCAAAAACGACAAUUGUCCGAAGGUGAUAAGCGUUGAGUUUGCACACAAUAACAACUGGUACAUCACAUUCCAGUCGGACACGGAUGCACAACAGGCAUACAGAUACUUAAGGGAAGAAGUCAAAACAUUUCAGGGAAAGCCAAUCAUGGCGAGGAUAAAGGCCAUCAACACCUUCUUUGCGAAGAACGGUUACCGCAGCCUGGACUCGAGCCUGUACUCCCAGCAGUCCCAGUCCCAGUACAGCUCACCUCUGUACAUGCAGCAGGUGUACAGCCCCCAGCAGCAGUACCCCCUCUACGGCAUUGUCCCCCCCACAUGGACACCCUCCCCCACGCCGUACUUCGAGACCCCCCUGGCGCCCUUUCCAAACAGCGGCUUCGUCAACGGAUUCAGCUCUCCCGGCCACUACAAAACCGGCUCCAACUCCCUGAGCACCGGCAGGCUCUUCAGCCGGAACCGUGCUCCACUCUAUUCAAGAAAGAAUGUACUAAAUGCCUUCAGGAACCACGUGAAGCCUCAGCCAAGAACCAGCGAUUUGGCCUCGCCCACCGGAGCCCCUGUUCCACUGGUGGAUGUCAGCACGGGGCCCCGCAGCACCCAGCCCCCACGCACCGGGGGCCCUGAGCUCAGCCCCUCCUUCACCUCCCGGGACGCCCACCUCUCGCCUCCUGAGAUCAGUGAGGACGGCGGAGUGGCUGGCAGGGGCAGGAGGGGCCCGUUCCGGGGGAUGAGGAGGAAGAGGGACGAUGACCGCACCACGAGGCCGCUCCCGCCAGCUGAGGUCAAAGUUCAGCAGCCCAAAUUUGACCUGGCAGCGUCCAGCUUCCCCCCACUGCCCGGCUGUGUGGUCAGCACGCCGGGCGGGGAGCCCGUUCUGGAGAACCGCCUGUCGGACGUGGUGCGCGGCCUGAACAAGGAGAAGCCUGACACAACCAAAGAGUCUGCCGUCGGUUCGUCCGCCGUCCCGGAAGAGGCCAUCCGCAUCUCUACCCCCGCCCAGCCGGGCUGCAAGCCUGCCCCGCCCGCAUCAGACCACCCCGCCUCCAGUGCAAACCGGCAGGAUAAGAAGCUGGAAAAGGCCGAGCCCUCUGUGUCAAAAGAGACGCCCCCCUCCACAGCCCCUUCCUCAGGGCCUGCCCCCCCGGCCCACGCGCAGCACCCACCCAGCACCAAACCUCCACGCGCCCCGGCCGGCCCUGCACCUGCCACGCCCACCCAGCCUCCGCCCGCCGCCCUGACUCCUGCACCCUCACAUCCGCAGGAGCCCCGCAAACUGAGCUACGCGGAGGUGUGCCAGCGGCCGCCCAAGGACCCGCCCCCUCCCGCCCCCGCCCCCUCCCAGCCCCUGCGCGAGCUGCGCGUCAACAAGGCGGAAGACCCCGCCUCCUGCGGCAACAGCCCUGGCGACCGGCCGGAGAAGCCCUCCGAGCGGGGCGGCGGCGGGGAGGGCAAGGCCAGCGAGAACCGGCCCUCCCGCGACUCCCUGGGGCCCCACCGCACCCACGGGGCCCCCAGGCCGGGGGCCGGAGGGCUGAAGGUCCGGGACCAGAGACGGCCCCCCUUCGCCCGCCGUGGCUCUCCACAGGGGGCGCCCCCGCACUUGGGCAAAGAGCAGAACAUCCCGCCACAAUCGCCAAAGCAAAAGAACUAAAGAACAAACCAAUGGGGAAAACAACCUAUAAGUAAAUAAGUAAAUAAAUAUAUAAAUAUAUAUAUAAAAAUGAAUAUAUAUUAAUGGGUUAAAAAAGAAAAAAAAACUAAGAGCAGUGACUGCUCUCCCUCCCUGGGGGUUGGAAGGAUUUGAAGUGGACUGGGACAUUCCAGGAAAACAGACAAAAACAAAAUAAUGUUUAAAGAAAAAAAAACAAAAAAACAAAAUCCCUGCACUGAAGGGGAGGGCGGCCGGAGGAUGGAAAUCGUCUUGAUUUCGCUCGUUUCAACGGAUCCUGUCCUUCAGCUGAUCGCUGUGAUUUUAGUCCAGAUUUUUCAUUUAUUUUGCUUUUGUUUUGUCUGUUUGUGGGAGUGAGUGAGUGGGAGGGGGUGUAUCAUUGCCCUGGGAGAACCUCCCAUCAAAGGCAGAAAAGUCUGCCGGGCUACAGGAAAUGGUGUGCGCUAAAGAAGCGUAUGUUUCAAAAUCCUAGAGAAAUAUCACCUUGACAAUGCGAUGACGCAUCAUCCACUAUGAAUUUUACUUUUCUUUACUUUUUAAUUUAUUUAAAAAAUUUUUUUUUUUUUUUGCUUCAGUCGCAAGUAAUCAAGCGUUUGCAGCAGGCUGAUGCCGAAUGAGGAUGCCGGCUGAUUGGACCGUCUGUUAGGCCUGAGGUUUGUGCCGUACUGAUGGUUCCGGUUAUGGCGAUGGGUUCUCAUGAGCGAGCUGAAGGCCUGCUGGUACCAAAAUUUGGGCUGCCGGCUGAUGUGCACUGGCCUGAUUGGGUUGGGCUCGAGAAUUGGCGUUGUUGACAUUAGUCAGAGGGAGGGAAUCCUGAACGGCCUUCCUGAAAACUCAGAUUGGCAGACGCCACAAUAUCUACCGUCAGGUGAUCUGAGAUUGAGCGGGUGGGGGGCACCAAGAGGAAGCUGAUGCAGUUGUCAUUGCUCAACUUUGAGUGAACUGCUGCACCCAAACAUUCAUCUAGUCCAAACUCAUUCAUUUGUUUGCAUGGCUUAUUUGGACUCCACCUUGUGUGUGUGUGCGCGUGUGUGUGCUUUUGAGUAGCGUGGAAAGAUCACAUUCUGGAUGUUUGCUAGGGCUGAGGGGGCUAGGUGUGUUGCUAAAGCAGUGAAUUUGAUUCCUGCACCCCUACUGGGGUGGUUACACUCUUGCCCUAUGUCAGCAGAGGACCGUAGUGUUGGUUAAUUUAGCAGUAUUUCAAAUUCAAUCAUUGGGCAGUUUGUACUGUGUAUCAGAGGCUGCACACCACUCUGACUGUACUGUACAGGAGUGGACUGCAGUUGGGUGGCUGUGACUCCCGGGAGGGGGGUUGUGUUGCGUCUACUGGUUUGUCAGUGGGGUGUGUGUCUGUGUGUGUGAAGGCCAGCUGGUCUGGGUCUGGUAUGCCCAGGUUUUGAGUGUUGGGUUUGGUUUGGGGUGUUUUGAUGGAAUGCCUUUUUUCCCUCAAUAAUGGGGGGUUUUGAGAUUGGUUGUGAGAUUGGUUGUGAAGGUCGCUGAUGUCCAGGUGCGUUCAGGCCCAUAGACAGAGCUGGAGCUGGAUGUGUAGCGCAUAGAUGCAGUAACCUCGGGACACCACCAUACCCAAAACCAGGCCGUGCUCUCCUGGCUUCUCCCUCCCCCCACAGCAGGUGCCCAAGUCAUUUCCACUGCUUGCACCCUUCAUUGAAGGCAAAACUGCUUUGCUAUUAAUAACUUCUCAUGGUAACUUACUGUAGGAAAGGGGGAGUUAUUUAACCUUUGCCUGGUCCUCCUUUAAAACCUGGUCUGAGAAGAUAUGCCAUCUGUGUUCUGGCUUCAGGCCACAGGAAGGAAAGUUUUUGGUUAUAUUGGUAACAUCGUUUUAGACUCAACCCCCUUGAUGGGGGAUGAAGCCCCCCCCCCCCUUUUUUUCCUUUUUAAAUUUUUUUUUUUUUUUUUUUAAUCUGUUUUUGAAGCGUUACCUAUUCCAACUGACCAACUAUUCCCCCCCCUAAAAACACAUGCGCACACCUGCCUACUAUUGGACUGGAUCACAUAAAGCAAUCUUCCAGAAUCUGUUUUUAGGCUCUUCACCAGUUUUGUUUGCUAGCCUGUCCGUUAACUUGCCCAUAGCCAUCAAUGGGUAGCCUCCUGCGUGGUUAAGCUCCUGUGAAAUGGUUUGAUUUGGGUUCAUUGUUUUGUUUUUUGUUUGGUUGUGUUUUUCGUAAUCUUAAGAUUCACUUCUGCUGAAGUUUCACUUCUGGCCCAGGCAAAAGAGAUCAUGUUUUUGUUUAGUUUUUGUUUGUGACUGUAGUACGAGGUCUGUCGAACAAAGUUGUUUUGAAUGGAAAGUGA